AUGCAUGAUCUCAUACAUGAACUUGCUAGAAAAGUAGCAAAAGAGUCUGCAAAAUUUACAGAUUGUAGAAAUGAUUUUGAAGAAAAAGUUCACCAUCUAAUAAUUGAUAGUAAUGAAGGUCUGGCUACCUGGUUUCGCUCAAGUAAUUAUCCAGGUAAAAGUUUGCGUACUAGUUUGAGUUAUUGUGAUUUCACAAAUAGCGAUGUGGAUGCUAUUAUUUCAAGUUGUAAUCACUUAAGGGCAUUUGACUUGAGUUUUUCUAUCACUCAAACAUUACCAGAUAAAUUUGAUAAAUUAUUACACUUGAGGUACCUUGAUCUGUCAAAUAAUGAUGAAUUGGAGAUGCUCCCUAAAUCGAUCGCCAAGCUUCACAAUCUACAAAUGUUAAAACUAUUUAAAUGCAGACAACUAAAGGAGUUGUCUCAUGACACAAACAAACUAGUAAAUCUUAGAGUGUUGGACAUAGAUGAGUGUGGUAGCUUGCUUUAUAUGCCAGCAGGGAUGAAUAAAUUAAUAUAUCUUCACACACUACCGUUGUUUUUAUUGUAUGAUUUUGAUGAACUAAGGCAUAUUAAAAAAGGCAAGGUCAUAGAGUUGAUGACUCUUUUUAAUAGCCUCAGAGGUUUUAUCAAAGUUCAUCAUAAUUCAGGCAACCUUAAUUUUUCAAAAUUAGAUAUUAUGCAUGCUACACUACAGUCUUUAAAAUUAAUAUGCAUAUUAGUUUCUGGUCACAAAGAAGGUCACGAGUCAGCGCUGGAGAGCCUGUUAUUUAGUAACCAAUUUCACGAGAUGAAGGUGGAGAAUUAUGGUGGUACCAUGUUGCCAAGUUUGACGCCAAGGCUUAUGAGCAUCGAGUUGGAAAGAUGUGAUGAGUUGCAAUACAUCCCAUCAUCACUGAGUCAACUUUGUCAUCUCAAAUAUUUUAAACUUAAGGAGUUGAAGAAUGUAGAGUUCAUAAAGUAUGAUGCACCAUCUUCAUCAGCUAUAUUCUUCCCCUCUCUUGAGAAGUUAGAGAUACGUGAGAUGCAAAAAUUAAAGGGAUUGUGGAUGGAGGAUGUUGUUUUCGUUCCAUCAUUUUCUAAACUCCUCUUUUUGAAAAUUUCGUAUUGCAACAGAUUGACAUACUUUGUCAGUGAAGCACUGACAUUUUGUAUGGGAGGAGGCGGUGUUCAAAGCAUUCCAAUCUCAUUGAAGAGGUUGAGAAUAAAUAACUCAUACAUUUUCAAUUCCCUAUUUAGGGAGUGUGUGGGAAGCGUUGAUCGCAUCGAAUUGAGUGAUAUAGAAAAUUUGGGAGCCCUUAGAGAGGGACUUCAAAGCUGUGGCACUUCUGUUCGAAACCUUGUGAUUGGGUAUUGUAGGGGCUUGGAGAAUCUGGGAUCAACAUGGAAAUCUCUUCACUCUCUUACUUCCUUGGAAUUACAUAAGUGCAAGGUGAUUCUACCAAAGGGAAUUCAGUACUUGACCUCACUGCAAUUUCUAGAAUUACAUGACUGUGAACUCAAAUCGCUGCCAGAGGAAAUGUGCCACCUCACUUCCCUCAAUACCCUUACAAUGACAUGGAGCAGCCCUGAGAUCAAGGAUAGAUGCCGGAAACCAGACGGGGAAGACUGGCCCAACAUAUGCCACAUCCCGAAUCUGCAUAUACACUGA